GCCAUCGACAGGAACAUCGGCAGGAUACACGACGAAAUACCAGGAGGACAGUGCCCAUCUCCACUGGUCGCCAUGGCAGCACAGCUCUUCAGCAUGAAGUCCGCUCUAACUUCCAGACUAACGCGACAUGUCGGCAUUGCUCAUUGCUAUAGUUCUAUAGCCAUCGCUCCGCAUAUCAUGGCCUCCCCGUUGUACCUCCUCGCACAAAACAAGACUGCUGCGUCGUGGCCCGAAUGGGUGCCUGCAUCUUGUGCAGCGUAUACCACGAGACCACUACCAUCCUGCACACUUCAAGACCAGUGUGGGCGCUCAGCAGAUUGUUCGCUAGGUAUUUCCGAUCGUGUCAUGAUGACAAUCGCUAUGGAGCCGGGUGAAGCCAUUAUGUUUGUUGAACUUCAGACUGCCGGAAGCGGUAGGUGAGAGCAAAAGUCUUUGUUUCUGCAAACCAUCUUUCUCUUUUGCUUUGAAACUUCCUGCUCCAUCUACAGCAACGUCU